AUACCAAUAGUACAAUUACAUUGUACUAUACUUGGUGUAAAGAUGCAGGAAAAUCUAAUCAAUUUACUGAAGGUACACAAUCAUUAAGAAAACAAACUAUUGAAAGACAUCUUAUAAUUAAUGAUCAUCAAAAAGCUAUUAUUGCUUGGGACAAUCGACAAACAAAGCUUAUGCAAGGAUUUACUCGACAACUUAGUAUUCAAAAAUUAACAAUUAUUUCAUUAAUACAAAAUAUAUAUUACCUUUCAAAAAAUAAUCAAGCUAUAACCCAAUUUUUUAAUUUAUGUCAAUUAAAUCAUUUACAAACUAUAAACCAAGAACAACUUUAUUUUGAAAUAGAACCUAUUGUAUUAAAAUCGAAUAAUAAAAAUUUUAAUCAAUCUAAUCAAUCUAGAAAUGAAUAUGCUACUUAUGAAAAUCCAAUUUCUGGACGCAUAUUUCUUAAAACAAUAUCAUUUACUAUUAAACAUGAAGUUAUUCAAGAAAUAUUAAAUUCAAAAUAUUGGAGUAUUUUGAUAGAUAAAAGUACUAUAUUUACUAAUAAACAUCUUGCAGUUGUAACAAAGCACUUAUCUGAAAAUAAACCUAUUUUACAUUAUUUUGAAAUGAUCAAAUUAGAAGAUUGUAGUGCUGAAUCAUUUACUAUAAAUUUAAAAAGAUUUAUAUUAGCUAAAUUACUUAAUAUUGAAAAUUUGGUUCAUUUUGGAAGUGAUGGUACAAGUACUAUGCUCGGUCAUCAAAAUAGAGUUGCUGCAUGUCAAGAUGCUGCUGAAAAAAUAUUAUAUUUUGAAAAAUAUGAAAAGUUAGUAAAAGAAAUUUAUACAUAUUUUAGUAGUUCUUAUAAAAGAUUAUUAAAACUAAAGAUGGUACAAAAUACUUUAGAAGAACCUGAAUUAAUGAUAUUAAAUAUUUCAAUUAAGAGAGCAUUAUUAGAUGAAGCAGCAAAUAAUAUGCAGGCAGCUAUUUUAUUAGCAGAUAUUAAUCAGACUUUUGAAAUCCAUGCGAUGCAUUACAAGCUCAAUUUAUUGGUAAAUAACAUUUUACCUACUUAUGGACAAAUUUUACUUAAAUAUAUAGAAGAAAAUAAUUUAGAUACUAGUCAAUUUUCUACCUUUAUCUCUGAAUUUGCAUCUGCCACAAUAACAAGUUUAAAUAAUCAUUUUCCAAAUCUAGAAUUUUAUAAAGCUAUAAAAAUAUAUGAUCCAAAACAGUUACCAAUAUCUAAUAAUGAUUUAGCAAACUAUGGUAAUGAAGUGAUUAAUAUUCUUAGUAAUUUUUAUGGAACAGAAAAAGUUAUUAAUAAUCAACAAUUUAUACCACCAUUAGAAAAAAAAAGAUUUAAUUAA